AUGCUCGUUUUAUUUGAAACAGCAGCCGGCUAUGCCAUAUUCAAACUACUCGACGAAAAGAAAUUGCAAGAAACAAAGACUUUGUAUCUGGAUUUUGAAUCGUUAGAGAAAGCUGCUAAUGUUUUGAAAUUGACACACUUCGAGAAAUUCGAAGAUACAACACAAGCUCUCGCUGCAGCAACAGCUACUGUCGAAGGGAAAAUUUCUAAGCCGUUGAAGAAGUUACUUAAACAAGUUGUUAAUCCAGAUGCUCAAGAGAAAUUGCUUGUUGCUGAUUCAGCACUUGCCAAAGCCAUCAAAGAAAAAUUCGGUUUCGACUGCAUUUCUAAUAGUUCAGUUCAAGAUCUCAUGCGUGUUAUUCGUUCACAAGCGGAUAGUCUCUUACAAAUCGAUGAAAAAGAAUUAGCUGCCAUGCGUAUUGGUCUUGCACAUAGUUUAUCACGGUAUAAACUCAAGUUUACUCCAGAUAAAGUGGACACAAUGAUCGUUCAAGCUAUUUCAUUACUGGAUGAUCUUGAUAAAGAAACAAAUAAUUACAUAAUGCGAUGUAAAGAAUGGUAUGGAUGGCAUUUUCCUGAACUGGCGAAGCUAGUGCAAGAUAACAUUGCUUUUUGUAAAACAGUGCAAAAAAUCGGCUAUCGUACGAAUGCAGCCGACGUUGACCUAUCAGAUAUAUUACCUGCAGAUGUAGAAAGUCAAGUGAAAGAAGCUGCGGAAAUAUCGAUGGGUACUGAAAUCUCCGAAGAAGAUAUAACCAAUAUUCGCCAUCUUUGUGCUCAAGUUAUUGAAAUAUCUGACUAUCGUGCACAAUUAUUCGAAUACUUGAAGAAUCGAAUGAUGGCCGUUGCACCUAAUCUAACAGUAUUAGUCGGUGAAUUAGUCGGUGCUCGACUUAUUGCACAUGCAGGAUCAUUACUCAAUCUUGCUAAACAUCCAUCAUCCACGGUGCAAAUCUUAGGCGCUGAAAAAGCUCUCUUCCGUGCGAUGAAAACAAAACAUGAUACACCGAAAUAUGGCUUGAUCUACCACUCAUCCUUAGUUGGUCAAACAUCGGCCAAAUUGAAAGGUAAAGUUAGCCGCAUGUUAGCUUCGAAAGCUGCACUAGCGAUUCGCGUCGAUGCACUUGGUGAAGAUACACAAGCAACGCUCGGUAUGGAGCAACGUGCUGAUCUCGAACGAAAAUUCGCCCUGCUCGAACAAAACGCCACGAAACGAAUCUCUGGUGCGGGGAAAAUGCAAGCAAAAUUCGAAAAAUAUCAGAAAAAUGCUGAACAAGGCCAGUUCAAUCAAGAUCAAGCAUCAACAAUACCACACAAACGUCAUUCAGAUUUUGGUGGUCGUGGUGGCGCAAACAAACGUUUCAAGAGUGGCAACGUGAAUAAAUCCUUUGUGGUUUAA